CAGUGGUCCGUGGGUCUUGGGUGGUGGUCCAUGGCUCCCUGGGGGUGGUCCAUAGUCCAUGGGUCCUAGGCAGUGGUCCAUGGGUCCCAGGCAGUCAGUGAUCCAUAGUCCAUGGUCUACAAUCCAUGGAUCCUAGGCAGUCGUCCAUGGUCCAUAGUCCAUGAUUGAUAGUCCAUGAGCCCCAGGCAGUGCUCCAUGGUCUUUGGGACCCAGGCGGUGGUCCAUGGCCCAUGGAUCCCAGACGGUGGUCCGUGGUUUGUAGCCCACGGAUCCCAGGUGGUGGUCCAUGCUCUGUAGGCCAUGGUCUGUAGUCCAUGGAUCCCAGGUGUUGGUUCAUGGUCUGUCAUCCAUGGAUCCCAAGUGGUGGUCCAUGCUCUGUAGUCCAUGGUCUGUAGUCCAUGGAUCCCAGAUGGUGGUCCAUGCUCUACAGGCCAUGGUCUGUAGUCCAUGGAUCCCAGGUGGUAGACGAUGGUCUGUGGUCCAUGGAUCCCAGGCAGUGGUCCACAGAUCCCAGGCAGGCUCUGUUGAGUGAUGCUGCAGCCACUGGUCCCCGGCGGCACCACGGUGCUGGUGGAGCUCACCCCCGACAUCCACAUCUGCGGCAUCUGCAAGCAGCAGUUCAACAACCUGGACGCCUUCGUGGGGCACAAGCAGAGCGGGUGCCAGCUCACCAGUGCCACGGCCGGGGCCACCAGCACCGUCCAGUUUGUGUCGGAGGAAACGGUGCCGUCCACACAGGCACAGACCACGACCAGGACCAUCGCCUCGGAGACACAGACCAUCACAGUUUCUGCCCCAGAGUUUGUUUUUGAGCAUGGCUAUCAAACCUACCUGCCCAGUGAGAGCAGUGAGCCUCCAGCUGCUGCUGUCGUGUCCACACCACCCAAAGCACGGUCCAAAAAGUCCACUGCCUCACUCACACAGAAGAAACUAAACUGCUGCUACCCAGGCUGCCAGUUCAAGACUUCCUAUGGCAUGAAGGAUAUGGAACGUCAUCUACGAACACACACAGGAGACAAACCCCACAAGUGUGAGGUUUGCAGCAAGUGUUUCAGCAGGAAGGACAAGCUGAAGAUGCACAUGAGGUGCCACACGGGGGUGAAGCCCUACAAGUGCAAGCACUGUGAGUACGCGGCCGCCGACAGCAGCAGCCUCAACAAGCACCAGCGCAUCCACUCCAACGAGCGCCCCUUCAAGUGCCAGAUCUGCCCCUACGCCAGUCGCAACUCCAGCCAGCUCACUGUGCACCUCAGGUCCCACACAGGAGAUGCUCCUUUCCAGUGUCAGAUGUGCCCUGCUAAGUUUAAGAUCAACUCUGACCUGAAGAGGCACAUGCGUGUGCACUCCGGAGAGAAACCCUACAAGUGUGAGUUCUGCGAGGUCCGCUGCGCCAUGAAGGGCAACCUGAAGUCCCACAUCCGGAUCAAGCACAGCAUGGAGAACACUCUCAAGUGUCCAGAGUGCGACUUUCAGUGUGGAAACAAAACCAGCCUUCGGCAACACAUCCGAACUCACCAGCCCGAGCAGCCAGUGAAGUGCUCGGAGUGCAGCUACUCGUGCUCCAACAAGGCAGCGCUGAAGGUGCACGAGAGGAUCCACUGCAAAGAUCGGCCCUUCAAGUGUGAGUUCUGCAGCUUUGACACGAAGCAGCGCAGCAACCUGACCACCCACGUCAGGAAAGCUCAUGGAGACAAAGUCAAGACCAAGAAGCAGUCCAUGGAGAAGAAGGAAGGAGACAGGCCAAAGCAAGGUGGCUCCAGGCAAGUUGCCAAAUUGGAUGCCAAGAAAGCAUUUAAGUGUGACCUGUGUGAUGCUUCCUUUGUCCGAGAAGAUUCCCUCAGGAGUCAUAAGAAGCAGCACAGUCUGUAUAAUGGAUCUAAACAUAACGAGCUGGCUGUCCUGCAGCUCCAGAUGGACCCCAGCCGGCAGAACAGUGCCCCCAUCACCGUCAGCCACCUCCAGGUCCCACUGCAGCCUGCUCAGGUUUCUCCAUACAACGAGGGGAGGGUCAAGAUCAUCGUGGGCCACCAGGUCCCUCAAACCAACAGCAUUGUCCAGGCUGCCUCGGUGAACGUGGUGCCUCCUGCCCUGGUCAGCCAGGGCCAGGAGGAGCUGCCGGCCAACGGCCGCUUGCAGCUGCUGGGCCAGGUGAGCCUGGUGGCCCCAGCCCCCCCUGCCAUGGCCUCAGGGGACACCGGGCCCGUGGCACAGCCGGCAGUGCUGCUCACCACCCACGACCAGGGUGAUGGCAGUGCCCUGCACCAGGCUCUGAUUCCUGCUGCCCCCGUCAGCAGCCACGAGGCUGCCGCCAGCCAGGCCUUCAUCACCAGCUCCGGCAUCAGCUGCUCCGACUUGGAGGGCCUGAAUGCCUUGAUACAGGAAGGGGCAACAGAAGUGACUGUGGUCAGUGAUGGGGGGCAGAGUAUAACGGUGUCCACUGCAGCUCCCCCUCCUCCCAUCUUCUCUUCCUCCUCCCACACUGAAGCCCCAAAGCAGACCUACUCCAUCAUCCAGAGUGGAGCACACACAGCUCUGCUGUGCCCAGCAGACUCCAUACCAGAUUAGUCACAAACACUGUUCCUGCUCACAUCUCUCUCUCAGAGGCAGUGCUGAGCUCAGCAGAAAUCCAUAGGACAUCAGUGACUGCAGGACUUAUCCUCCAAAGCCAAAUAUACAUUUUACUUGUCUGUACAUGGAAACAUUCUUGUUCCUGAAGAGGAGGAUGUAUUUAUAUAUAUUUAUGUGCCUCUAUUGAGAUGGGAGGCUGUGUUCUUUGUAAAAUCUGAGCAUCAAAGCAAGUGUUGCCAGUGUCCCCAAGCAGUGAGAUUCCCACAGUAUGGCUCCUGUAUUAUGCUGCCUAAAAUAAGAAAGCCUCACCUUAUGCUGAAUUACUAUCCCAGCAGUCUUUUUCUUUUAUACACACACAAAAAGACAAAAGUUUGAGCCAUUCUGAAGUUUAUUUUAGUGAAGUGUCUUUCAGUUCCAUGCUGUGUGUGCAUUCACUGCUCCUGGCUGAUCUCUGAGAAAUCCCUAGUACUGGGUCUAAUCCAGCCCUGGUAAAGUUUAGUGGGGCUGUUCCUUAGUAUCUGUAGAAAUUGCUGGAACCUGGCACUUGGAAAUACUUAGGCAGAAGACCAGGUGAUUGUUUUUAGAAAACAAAAGAAUUUUGUCCCUUCAUCAGUAGUAACUAACUUUGUUAGCAAGAACACAAUUGCAAAGUAUCUCCCUCCCUGGCACAGUGAUCUCUGUCAGAGGCACCUGUGAUUUAAAGAGAAAAAUGACUGCAAAUAUAUUUUUUACAAACACUCCUAACAUUUUGGUUUUAUUUUGAUGCUGCCUGUUUGGAGUUGCAUGGGUAGUAAAAGUGCUUUACAGUUUGAGUCUCACUCAUGUAGGGCUUGCAUGUCAGAGACUCUGCUGAUGGAGCUUUCAAAGGGCUCCAGCUGGACAAGAAACUUCUGCCUGGGACAUGGGACAGGAGGUGGUGGCCAUGGGCUGAGGGGUUAGAGCUGGUGGCUGUACAUGACUGCAAAGGGGUGGUAAUCUGAUUUUAAGACAAAAGUUUGGCUGUGAUAUCUGAGUUUUGAGAUGUGACAAGAACUAAUAUGACAGCUGUAGUUGGACAAAGUACUGAUAUUGGUGGGUAAGGUGGGCAGGCUUUUGGGUGUAGAAAGUUACACCAAGCCUACAAACUUCUAAGUGCAAAUGUACCACAAUUUGGCAACUAAAAAAGGCAAUUAAUUUUCCCAUACUCGUUGGUGUAAGUGAACUCUGCAGGGAGGGUUUCCUGAGCUCCACGUAUUCUGUGUCAUCCAUAGGUGGUGCCAGAGGCCCAAAGAAACUUUGGAGUGUGCUCUGUUCUCCUGGAUGAUGUUUCCUGUUUAAGAGUUCCCUGCUCUUAACUCUACCCGGUAAAAGCAUUUCCAAAUUCACUUCUAGAAGACGUUACAAAAAGCCUGGCUGUAAAAAUCUUACUUUCACCUAAGAUAAAAAGCAGCAAAUAAAAAGAAAUGUCCAACAUUUUCUACAUGAAGCAGAUCUGUGGCCAAAACUUAUCUCACAAUUUAUGUUAAACUGGUAAUUUUUUACUCCCUGUUCGUAUUCCGUACAUAGUUGACAGCUACAGAAUUGUCGGGCACUGCAAGAAUGCCACAAAAUGUGGGAUUCCGAGGAAGUUGAUGGUUUGAACUGCAAUUUAUGUGUGUUUGCCCUUGCCUCCAGCCCUGCAAGGGUGCCAGGGGAUGCACCUCCAGGGAUCUCACCUUCAAUCUAAUGUCACACUUAAGGUUACACAGCUCUGUUACCUGCACUGCAGUUUCACAAAAAGCCUCCUUUAUCUUCUAAAAUAGGAAACCAGCAGAUUUGUCAUAUUGUAAAGACUCCCCUUGGUUCUGGUCCUCCCUGUGCCUCGAAGAUAAACAGGAAAGAUAAUAAAAUGGUGUGAAUGAA